GCUAAAUUCCAAAGUAGCUCUCUAUAUGUAGCAUCAUCUCAGCAUCAGCAUCUUCAUUCAGGCCAACAAUGACGAUUCUCUUCUUACUAUUCUUCUUCACAACCAUCUUAUCAAUCUCUUCCACUUCGUCGUCACAGAUCAACGCCUCCAACACAACAACAUUACACCGACGCCUAACGUUGUUUGGGAGCUGUGGCACGGGCAACCCGGUGGACGACUGCUGGCGCAGCGACCCUCGCUGGGCCGACAACCGGCGCCGCCUCGCGGACUGCGGCAUCGGCUUCGGCCGCAACGCGAUCGGCGGCAAGAACGGGCCGACAUACGUCGUCACGGACCCCAGCGACGACGAUCCGUCAAGCCCAGCUCCCGGCACGCUCCGCUACGGGCUCACCCAGGAUGGGCCUCUGUGGAUCGUCUUCGCGCACGACAUGACGAUCCGGCCCAAGCAUGAGCUCGUCGUGGGCUCCCACAAGACCGUGGACGGCCGCGGGGCCCAGGUCGUCGUGGGCGAGGGCGGCGCGUGCUUCGCGGUGGACGGCGCCAGCAACGUGAUCAUCCACGGCGUCACGAUCCGCGGCUGCAGGCCCAAGCCCAGGGGCCCGCGUGGCAGGUCGGAGUCGGACGGCGACGGCGUGAGCGUCUGCGAGGCCAGGGACGUGUGGAUCGACCGCUGCAGCUUCGAGGACUGCGCCGACGGGCUCGUCGACGUCACCAGGGCCUCCACGGGGGUCACCGUGUCCAACAGCCUCUUUACUAACCACGACAAGGCCAUGCUCCUCGGCCACAGCGACUCCUUCGACGACGACAGGGCCAUGAGGGUCACUGUCACGCUCAAUCGGUUUGGUCCAGGCCUUGUGCAGAGAAUGCCAAGGUGUCGGUAUGGGGUGUUCCACGUCGUCAACAACGAUUACGUAAAAUGGGGGAUGUAUGCCAUCGGUGGCAGUGCGUCGCCAAACAUCCUUAGCCUGGGCAACCGAUUCAGUGCUGGCCACAAUAAAGAAGUGACCAAACGCGAAGACGAUAUGGCGGAGAACGACUGGAGGAAUUGGAGGUGGAAGUCGGUAGGGGAUUUGAUGCUCAACGGUGCCUUCUUCACGGCAUCGGGCGGGCCGGGGCCUGAGGUUAACGCACCUAGUUUUGCAAAGUCCGCCUCUAUGGUCGAGCAGAUGACGGCCGAGGCAGGGGCUCUCUCCUGCAACAGGGAUUCUCUCUGCUAAAGACCGCUCCUCGAAUCCAUCGAUUGGCUCCUUCCUCUUGAUGUUAGGCAGGUCCAAUAAAAUUGGGUCGUUUUAUUACACUUCUGAACAUUUAUAACUUUAUAGUAGUACCACUAGCUGAUGGGGAACGUCAAUGUGGCAACUGGCACGUAGCCCGGCCGUUU